AUGCUAACUAUUUCCCUUCUAGGCGGCUGCUACAUCCACUGGGAACGCGGCGCAGAAGUUUUCGAAGAACUCCUCAUCGAUCACGAAACAGCCUGCAACGUCGGAAACUGGCAAUGGCUAGCCUGUGUCGCUUUCUACUCGCAAUACUAUCGCUGUUAUUCACCAAUCGCAUUCCCUCAGAAAUGGGACAAGGAAGGCGCGUUUGUCAGACGAUAUGUUCCUGAACUCAAAGACAUGCCUACGAAAUACAUUUAUGAGCCUUGGAAAGCGCCGAUCCAGGACCAGAAGAAGGCCGGCGUCAUGAUCAAAGGUGAUGGUGAGCAAGAGAAAGAGGGUGAUCUCAAGCUCUAUCCCAAGCCUAUGUUCGACUUCCCAAAGCAGAGAGAUAUCUGUAUCAACGGUUUGAAGAGCGCUUACAGCAUCGGCUUGUAUGGAGAUUCGCCACAAGUCUUGGAUGGGACUUGGAAGAAAAUGUUCGAUGACGACGCCGAGGGUCCCACCCAAGGCCACAAGGGAGGACCGGCGGGGUCUCUGGGCGACGCAAACGCGGACGCUCAUGGCACCGAGGAACUCAAACCAGAUACCAAGACUACAUCUUCCAGGAAGAGAGGUGGUCAAAGUACGCUUGAGAAAGCAUUCAAGAAGACAAAGACAUGA